GUUUUUUUUUGUAACUGUUACAGUUGUCACUGUGACCGCAAUAAAAGCAUAUCGCUCAUCGCUAUUAUCGAUGAAUUCGAUAAUUAUAUUAAUGUGAAGUAAUCGUUUUUGCAGCAGCCGAAGCAAUGGAAUUGUUGAAGAAUAUCAAUAAUAAAGAAAUAUUUAUGGAGGUUCUUCAUUUAUCAAUUGAUUUUCUGAUUGGAAAUAUAAGUGAUCAACAGGCACUUCGCUUGUCACACAAAUAUGGCUUUCAAAAUCCAGAUGAUUUCUUGCUUGCAACGCGUACAAUAUCCAAAUACUACAGGAAUUGUUGUACAGAUAAUGUUGAACCAGGUGCUGCCGAUAAGUUGUCGUUUCUAAGCCCCGACUUAAGGCCACUAGUGCCGUUGGUGCUUGCGGCCAGACAAGACGCCGUGGAAUAUGCUCUUGGGCGAUAUGAAUAUCUGAGAAGUAACACAAAGUGUGUGGUGUCAUUUGAUUGGGACACUCGAUUGAUAUUAGGCGACAGCAGCUAUCGGAGUAAUGUACGCCAAGUGGUUACAAUCAACUUACACUGUCGAUCCAAUUCCAAGGAUGAAACUCUCAUGUUCGAAAUGAACUUGGAUCAACUUAAUGCAUUCAUCGAGGUAUUAGAAAAAUCUCUCAAUAGCGACAAAGCAAUCAAAUAAUAAUAUUGGGCAUACUCUUAGUUACACUCCUUAUCUAUAAGCAAAAAAAAUAAUAAUUGGAUGAGCUAUAUUACUAUUCAGUCCUCUACAUGUAAAUAAAAUAUAAAAAAAAAUUAUUUAAAUAGAUGUAAAAACCUCAUUUUCUAUCGGAAACAUUACAAGUAUCAUUUUAAUUAGUAUAUAGCCAAAACAAUAAUGAAUUUAACAAAACAUAUAGUUAUAUAUAACUGUACAUAAAUUUUUGCAGUAUUUAUUAAUGUAUGCAUAAUAAGAUAAACGAGUUGCUCGUAUGUACAUUACUUCACUAUUAUAUUGUUAUAAAUUCAUGUGACGAACUUCAUAAAUAUAUUAUAUUACCUUGUAGCUUACACAUAUGUAUUAACCUCUGAAUUUAUUCAAAACUACAUUCAUUUUUACAAUCAGCACACGGCUUUAAACAUUUAACCCAAAAACCUUUCCAUAAUGUACAUAGUUCCUUUUGGGUAUGUUAAUUUUCACAUGCAUGUUUUAAGAGUAGGUGAACGAAUUAAUAAAGGCAAAUUUCGACCAUA